UCUCUCUCUCUCUCUCUCUCUCUCUCUCUCUCCAUAUAUUGACAUACACUCCAAAAACAAAACACAACAAAAGAAAUGGAAAAUUUUCAUUCUCUCUCCAAAGGUCUCGUACCGCUCCUCUCUCUCCUCCUAUCCCAUCUUGUCUACGUUGCAACAGGAGCGUUUAACGUGACCACAAUCCCGUUCAACAAAGGCUUCAGUCCUCUUUGGGGUGACGGCAACGUCGUCCGAUCAUCCGACGAUCAAAGUGUUAGCCUUGUCCUCAACCAAUACACAGGUUCUGGGUUCAAGUCUUCUGACCUAUAUAACCAUGGCUUCUUCAGUGCUAGAAUCAAGUUGCCAUCGGAAUACACCGCCGGCAUAGUCGUCGCCUUCUACACGACGAAUGGAGACGUAUUCAAGAAAACGCACGAUGAAUUGGACUUCGAAUUUCUGGGAAAUAUCAGAGGAAAACGGUGGAGAUUUCAGACUAACGUUUAUGGAAAUGGAAGCACAAGCAGAGGGAGAGAAGAGAGAUACUACCUGUGGUUUGACCCCUCCAAAGAGUUCCACCGUUACAGCAUCCUAUGGACCAAUAAAAACAUCAUCUUCUAUAUAGAUGAGGUUCCGAUUCGUGAAAUACAAAGUGAUGCCAUGGCCGGAGACUUCCCUUCUAAACCAAUGUCAUUGUAUGCCACCAUAUGGGAUGCUUCGAAUUGGGCUACUUCUGGUGGCAAGUACAAGGUUAACUACAAGUACGCUCCGUUCGUGGCUGAAUUCACCAACCUUGCCCUCCAUGGAUGCGCUGUUGAUCCCAUUCAAGAGGUUUUGGCCUCCGCUUGUUCUCAGAAAGACGAUCAAUUAGAAAACAACAAUUACGCUAGUGUCACGCCUAAACAACGGGUGGCCAUGAAGAAAUUUAGAAAGAAUUACAUGUACUACUCGUACUGUUAUGAUACGAUAAGGUAUUCUACCCCACUACCGGAAUGUGUGAUUGAUCCGGUAGAGAGGCGUCAGUUCAAGGAUACGGGAAGGUUAAAUUUCAAUGAGAGGCGCCACCACCACUCCAAGAGAAGAAGCCAGGUUCCAAGCAUGAGGAAUUAUGGAGACCAAGAUGAGGAUUGAUGCGUAUGUGCCGCAUUUGGUAGAAUUUCAUUAUUAUAGUGCUUGAGAUGAUUUUUUUAGCUGGAUUGUUGUUUUUUUACUGGAGAUUAAAGGUGUGACUACCAUUCGAAUUCAAAGUGACCAAUACUCGUAGUGUAAAUAAUAUUCAAUAAAAUUGGUUUGGCUUCUUGAAGAUUUAAGAUAUA